AUGUCUUCCUCAAAGUCAAUGGUGUUUGGCCUAACAUGGAUGCUAAUCUUGAUGAUGAUGAUGAUGCAGCGAUGUAGAAGCUGCAUCGACAGUGAAAGGCGUGGUUUGUUAGAGCUCAAGUCCAAUCUUCUCUCGUUUAGUAAUGAUCUACAUCCUGACGUUCUUCGAGGAUGGAGGACAACUAGUAAUCGUUCUUGUUGCAGUUGGAGAAGAAUCAAAUGUGACUUAAACAGCAAACGUGUGAUCGGACUCUCCCUUGGAUCCUUAUAUCCCUCAGGCUUCUCUGAUACUCUUCCUCAACUGAAUCUAACCUUGUUGUAUCCUUUUGAGGAGCUUCAGAGUCUCAACUUGUCGAUGAACAACUUGGGAGGCUGGUUCGACCAAAGACAAGGUUAUAAGAGCCUUGGAAGAUUUAGAAAAAUUGAGAUUAUGGAUCUCAGUUACAAUUAUUUUAACAGCAGUGUCUUUCCAUUCUUGAAUAAGGUUGUGUCUCUCAAGACUUUAUUUCUUGGUGGCAACUAUAUUGAGGGUUCCUUUCCUGUAAAAGAGCUUAUUAAUCUGACAAGUUUGGAAGUACUAGAUCUAAAGCUCAACAAUAUCAGCGGCCAUUUACCAGGAAAAGAGCUCAGCAAUAUGCAGAAGCUCAAAGCUUUGGAUCUAAGUGAGAAUCUAUUCUCUGGUUCACUGCAAAUGCAAGGCAAAUUUGUGGGUGAAGUCCCUCUCUGUUUUUCAAGCUUCUCCAAACUCCGAGUUCUUGAUCUAUCAUCAAACAACCUAAGUGGGAAGCUUCCAUCUUUCAUCAGUAACUUCAAAUCCAUGGAAUACUUAUCUCUACACGAUAACAACUUCCAAGGCUUGUUUUCCUUGGAUUUGAUCUCUGAAUUAACAGAGCUCAAGGUUUUCAAACUCUCGUCCGUGUCUAGCACGCUUCAAGUAGUAGAGACGAAUGUUUCCACUGCCCUAAAAUCUCAGCUAAAGAGUCUCACUUUGUCAAACUGCAACCUCAAGAAAAUCCCCGGUUUUCUCCGGUAUCAGAAGGAAAUACGAGUCAUCGAUCUCUCCAGCAAUAAGCUCUCCGGAGCUUUCCCAACUUGGCUGUUGAAGAAUAACACAGAGCUUCAGGUUCUGUUCUUGCAGAACAACUCAUUCAACACCUUUACACUUCCAAGACUACACCACAUGUUGCAGUUCCUUGAUCUUUCAGCUAACAACUUCAACGACAAACUCCACAAGAAUAUUGGUUUGAUGCUUCCUCGGUUGAGACAUUUGAAUCUCUCAAACAAUGAGUUUCAAGAAAACAUGCCUUCCUCUGUUUCAAGAAUGGAAGAUCUUGAGUUUAUGGAUCUCUCAUACAAUAACUUCUCAGGGAAGUUACCAAGAAGCCUUUUCACUGGUUGCUAUUCACUGAAAUGGCUUAAGAUCUCUCACAACAGAUUCACCGGACCGAUUGUUCCAAAAUCAAGUGAAGAGACGUCACUGAUGACGUUGAUCAUGGACAACAACAUGUUCACAGGGAAGAUCACAGACAAUCUACGCAGCUUAAGGCUCUUAACAGUGAUAGACUUAUCCAACAACUUCCUCACUGGCAAGAUUCCAAGAUGGUUAGGCAGUUUCUUCUUGGACAUUCUUAGAAUCUCUAACAACCGUUUACAAGGUGAAAUACCAACUUCUCUGUUCAACAUUCCGUACCUCUGGCUCUUGGACCUUUCUGGAAACUUCUUAUCUGGUCACUUACCUAAACGCUCUGACUCGGAUUACGGUUAUAUAUUGGACUUGCACGACAACAAUCUCACUGGUUCUGUUCCAGACACGUUGUGGAAAGGUUUGGUUUUGCUUGAUCUGAGAAACAACAAACUCUCUGGAAACAUCCCCUGGUUUAGGAACUCUCCGAGAAUCGAUGUUGUUCUGCUGAGAGGGAAUAACUUGACAGGCAAGAUUCCGGAGGAGCUGUGCGGUUUAAGCAACGUGAGAAUGUUGGAUCUUUCUCACAACAGAUUGAAUGAGAACAUGCCUUCGUGUCUCAACAAUCUAUCGUUUGGUUUAGGAGGAGAUGGUCGUAACGAUCCAGAGUGGUAUCCGGCGAACAUGUUCUCAUACUUUAUGGACAUACACACCGAAGUCUAUUACGAGUCCGUUCUUGUGUCGGAACGGUUUGGUUUAGACUACUCGGUAGAUUUCAGAGUCCAAGUUGAGUUUGCUGUGAAACAGAGAUAUGACUCGUACAUGAGAGGGACUUUAGAUAAGAUGUUUGGUCUUGAUCUGUCGAGCAACGAGUUAAGCGGUGAGAUCCCGGAAGAGCUAGGAGAUCUUAAGAGAGUACGUUCGAUGAAUCUUUCACGGAACUUGUUAACGGGUUUUAUCCCUGAAAGCUUCUCUGAUCUAAAAAGCAUAGAAAGUUUGGAUCUUUCUUUCAACAAGUUACAUGGAAACAUUCCGUCUCAGCUCACGAUGAUGCAGUCUCUUGUCGUCUUUAACGUGUCUUACAAUGACCUAUCUGGUGUGGUUCCGCUAGGGAAACAGUUUAACACUUUUGGUGAGAUGAGUUACUUAGGUAAUGUUCGUCUCUGUGGAUCACCUACCAAUAGGAGCUGUGAUAACACAAGAAGCUCUGGAGAAGAAGAAGAAGAUGAUGGUGAAAGUGGGUUAAUCGAUAUGGUGGUCUUGUGGUGGAGCAUCGGUGCGACCUAUGUGACGGUUUUGAUGGGUUUUUCUGUGUUCUUGUGCUUUGAUUCUCCGUGGCGUCGAGCAUGGUUACGACUUGUUGAUGCUUUUAUCUACCGUGUAAAAGUCGUAUUCGGAGUUAUCUAA